GUGCAAAUCAACCAUGGACGAUGGAGACAUAUUCGGUUGGUGGUGUGACAAUUGGAAAGCGUGGCGUUACAUGGUGUCCUGUGCCAGCUACAGCAACAGUUCCGCUUCGCUCCUUUGGGGCCCCGACGUGCUGUGCCGGUUUGACGAUGCGAGUGUACGCUCGAACACAAUCCCCACGACGGGCGAUGGUGCGGUUGAGCUACGGACAGGAAAUAGUACGGCCCCGGUUAGCCUUUAUCAGGCCGUUACACAGUGCUAUCAAACGUUUAAGUGUGUCCUGCAUUCCAUAGUGUCCGGUGGUGAUCGGCAUGCCGAGCAGGUGCGGUGGAACGAUGCGUUGUACGAGUGUGCUCCGGAACCGGCGUUGCCGGACAGUUGGCAGCUGCCGGAUACGAACUGUAGAGUGGCGGCCUCUCACAACAUAACGCUGAUCGUGCGCGAAGUGUUACAGCCAGUAUCGGAACUGAUCGUGAAGCUACCCAAGCUGUUACUGCAGCUCGGUGAGAUCAGCUUCGGCAGUUUAGAUACAAUCGAUUCCGAUCGUUUGCUAGCCGGAGGAUGCUGGAACGCUUCCCAGGCCCUGUUGUACGGUGGGACAGGUGAUCCGUUGUUGCAGCGAUCGGAGUCAGUGCAACCCACAGCCCAAACAACGCGAGCAGCAUCAAACUCUGAACAAACCUAUCGACUUGUGUGUGGCAAUGCAACCGGAUCACAGGGUUCCUUCUUCGAGAGUGAUGCAUUUGAGCUGGUGAGUGUGUCACUGCUCGAGCCGAUCCAGUGCUGGAUGAAUAUCGAACUGCAGAACGCACUGGUUAGCCAAUCGUGGCUAAACGGUGUAGAGCAUUCAGUAGCUGCGUUGGCCAGCUGGAACCAAACCCAACUCAUCGAUAACCUGCAAAGCGGAGGUGACUCGGCUCAGGGUCGGUACGAGUGGAGUUUCCUGUUCGUUAUUUUGUUCAUAUUUGCCGGUGGACUAGGAAACAUUCUCGUAUGCCUGGCAGUGGCACUCGAUCGUAAGCUGCAGAAUGUUACCAACUAUUUUUUACUGUCCCUUGCCAUUGCCGACCUGCUCGUCAGUCUGUUCGUGAUGCCGUUGGGUGCCAUUCCAGGAUUUUUAGGGUAUUGGCCCUUCGGAGUCACGUGGUGCAACAUCUACGUUACGUGUGACGUGCUGGCCUGUUCGGCAAGCAUCCUGCACAUGUGCUUCAUUAGUCUCGGCCGUUACCUUGGUAUCCGGAACCCGCUCGGCAGCCGGCAUCACUCGACGAAGCGCUUGACGGGAAUAAAGAUCGCAUUAGUGUGGCUGCUGGCGAUGCUCGUUUCCAGCUCCAUAACCGUGUUAGGUAUGAUCAACCGGGACAACAUUAUGCCCGGCCCGAACGAAUGUGUCAUCAAUAAUCGAGCCUUUUUCGUGUUCGGCUCGCUGGUCGCAUUUUACAUCCCCAUGGUGAUGAUGGUCGUAACGUACGCGCUCACCGUGCAACUGCUGCGCAAGAAGGCACGCUUUCUCGAACAGCAUCCGGAGGGAGAACUAUUCCGAAGACUGGGAGGACGCCUGGCAUCCUCCAAACACUCCAAUAACUCGCAAAGUGAUGGCUCCUCCACAUCUAAUAAAGCGGUCGAAAUGAAGAAAUUCACCGUCAACAACAAUAAGCAGCCAUCAUUUGCGCAGCACGACUCAUCGCCACCGUCCUCGCUGCCAUCGGUGACCACUGCGCACAGUGCGCUGCCUUGGCGAUGGCACGGCACCACGACCGGCACCAGCAAAAUGGACAGAAUAAGCUCAAUCAAAGGCAGUAUGUCGCAUCCGCACCUGGGCUACAGCAACGGUGGUAACCGCACGAUCGCGACCGGCGGUGUUGGCAAGCGGUCCUGCCGCACCGUCUGCGACCAGGGCACACAAACACCGGACAGCAUCGAGCGGGAAACGAGGCGCCAAAAAUUCUGCUCCUUCCGGAUACACCUGAACAGCGUACCGACGCCAGCGAUAAAUUUCAAUUUGAAGUUUCUCGGCAGUAAAAAGCGCACCAACUUAUCGGCGAACGCGGUCGCGACCGAGCAAAAGGCCACCAAGGUUCUGGGUCUAGUGUUUUUCACAUUCGUCUUUUGCUGGGCUCCAUUCUUCAUCCUGAACAUCAUAUUUGCCGCCUACCCGGACGCGAAGGUGCCGGAGCGUAUCGUCAGCAUAUGUCUCUGGCUGGGUUACGUUUCGUCGACAAUAAAUCCAAUCAUUUACACAAUCUUCAACAAAACGUUUCGGGCAGCGUUUAUCCGGCUGCUGCGCUGCCGUUGCGAACGCUCGGGACGGCCGCCAAGAUAUCGCUCGGUAACCGAUAGCCGCGGUGCGAUCAGCCUCUGCACACCGUCCGCCUUACCGUUGGCCAUAUCACUGCAAGGAUCGUCACUGCUUACUCCUUCCACUACUCAGGCCACCCCGCUAAGCGACUUUCGGGGCAGUUACGAAAUCACGGAUGACGAUUGCUGA